AUGGAUGAUAGUGAAGAUGGUGCCUGGAGGUCACAGAUGGGUGACCUUAGUGAGGGUCACAGAUGGGUGACCUUAGUGGAGGUCACAGCUUCAGAUACACAACAACCGGACACUGCAGCUUCAGAUAUACAACAACCGGACACUGCAGCUUCAGAUACACAACAACCGGACACUGCAGCUUCAGAUAUACAACAACCGGACACUGCAGCUUCAGAUACACAACAACCGGACACUGCAGCUUCAGAUAAACAACAACGGGGCACUGCAGCUUCAGAUACACAACAACCGGACACUGCAGCUUCAGAUACACAACAACCGGACACUGCAGCUUCAGAUACACAACAACCGGACACUGCAGCUUCAGAUACACAACAACCGGACACUCCAGCUUCAGAUAUACAACAACCGGACACUCCAGCUUCAGAUAUACAACAACCGGACACUGCAGCUUCAGAUACACAACAACCGGACACUCCAGCUUCAGAUACACAACAACCGGACACUGCAGCUUCAGAUAUACAACAACCGGACACUGCAGCUUCAGAUAAACCACAACCGGACACUGCAGCUUCAGAUACACAACAACCGGACACUGCAGCUUCAGAUAAACCACAACCGGACACUGCAGCUUCAGAUACACAACAACCGGACGCUGCAGCUUCAGAUAAACCACAACCGGACACUGCAGCUUCAGAUAUACAACAACCGGACACUGCAGCUUCAGAUACACAACAACCGGACACUGCAGCUUCAGAUACACAACAACCGGACACUGCAGCUUCAGAUACACAACAACCGGACACUGCAGCUUCAGAUAUACAACAACCGGACACUGCAGCUUCAGAUAAACCACAACCGGACACUGCAGCUUCAGAUAAACCACAACCGGACACUGCAGCUUCAGAUACACAACAACCGGACACUGCAGCUUCAGAUACACAACAACCGGACGCUGCAGCUUCAGAUAUACAACAACCGGACACUGCAGCUUCAGAUACACAACAACCGGACGCUGCAGCUUCAGAUAAACCACAACCGGACACUGCAGCUUCAGAUACACAACAACCGGACACUGCAGCUUCAGAUACACAACAACCGGACACUGCAGCUUCAGAUACACAACAACCGGACACUGCAGCUUCAGAUAAACAACAACGGGACGCUGCAGCUUCAGAUAAACAACAACCGGACACUGCAGCUUCAGAUAUACAACAACCGGACACUGCAGCUUCAGAUAAACAACAACGGGACGCUGCAGCUUCAGAUAAACAACAACCGGACACUGCAGCUUCAGAUAAACAACAACGGGACACUGCAGCUUCAGAUACACAACAACCGGACACUGCAGCUUCAGAUACACAACAACCGGACACUCCAGCUUCAGAUAUACAACAACCGGACACUGCAGCUUCAGAUACACAACAACCGGACACUGCAGCUUCAGAUAUACAACAACCGGACACUGCAGCUUCAGAUAAACAACAACGGGACGCUGCAGCUUCAGAUAAACAACAACGGGACACUGCAGCUUCAGAUACACAACAACCGGACACUGCAGCUUCAGAUACACAACAACCGGACACUCCAGCUUCAGAUAUACAACAACCGGACACUGCAGCUUCAGAUACACAACAACCGGACACUGCAGCUUCAGAUACACAACAACCGGACACUGCAGCUUCAGAUAAACCACAACCGGACACUGCAGCUUCAGAUACACAACAACCGGACACUGCAGCUUCAGAUACACAACAACCGGACGCUGCAGCUUCAGAUAUACAACAACCGGACACUGCAGCUUCAGAUAAACAACAACGGGACGCUGCAGCUUCAGAUAAACAACAACCGGACACUGCAGCUUCAGAUACACAACAACCGGACACUGCAGCUUCAGAUAUACAACAACCGGACACUGCAGCUUCAGAUAUACAACAACCGGACGCUGCAGCUUCAGAUAUACAACAACCGGACGCUGCAGCUUCAGAUACACAACAACCGGACGCUGCAGCUUCAGAUAUACAACAACCGGACACUGCAGCUUCAGAUAUACAACAACCGGACACUCCAGCUUCAGAUAUACAACAACCGGACACUGCAGCUUCAGAUACACAACAACCGGACACUGCAGCUUCAGAUAAACAACAACGGGACGCUGCAGCUUCAGAUUCAGAUACGGGAAGAAGGAUCACUAACAUGAUAAUAUAUCAAUAUUAG